AAGGGGGAGUAGCAGAUUUGUACACAGCUAAGUUCUACAUGCUUGGAUUCCGCGAUACCGACGUGAUCGACAUCACCCCAGGCAAACCAACACCGAAGAGCGUAAGGCCAGGUGUCACGGUUCGAUCGUGGGACAUCAACUUCCCGUGGACCGAAGAACAUGUUCGAUCCGAGGAUUUAGAGAAGCUGCGAUGGUCUUGCGAUGCUGCUGCCGAUGAAGCUUUAGCAGCCGGCUACACGACCUUGGAGAAACUGCUUGACGAGGGUGGCGGUGGCCGAGACACUGCUUUAUUCAAGAAGGCCAUGCAGGUGCCCGAGUGGGUUGACUGGGAGCAGAUCCGUCGCGGGCAAGAUGUUUUCUACCGAUACGCGGGCGCUUUCUUAACGGCGCUGCUCCAUCAGAGUCUGUUGGGUGGGUUUGGUGCCGGGCGGAUCACGGAGGUGCUUGCACGAACCGGAGGGUUUUCGGUGAAGACUGCUCGAAAAAGACUGUUCGAAACGACACAGCAUAUUCUGCAGUGUACGCGCGAUCCGGAUGCAUUGAAACCUCUGACAGGCGAAGGCUGGUUGUCUACGCUGCGUGUACGGUUGCUCCAUGCUCGGGUGCGGAACAAGAUCACGACCCUGGCACGAUCAAAUCCAUCGUACUAUGAUAUUGACAAAUGCGGUAUUCCUAUUAACGAUGCUGACUCAAUAGCGACCAUCAUCUCCUUCUCGUCUUCAAUCACACACUUGUCAUUUCCUCGGAUGUUUCUUUACCUCCGGCCACAAGAGAUCGAAGAUUACUUUGCGCUGUGGAGGUUGAUCGCAUUCUACAUCGGCUGUCCAACCGAUCCGUUCAAGACCGCGUCGAGCUCGGUGGCUUGGAUGCAGUCCAUCUACGCAUAUGAGAUCAAUCCUCAUCCGGAGCUAUCUCCUCUAUUGGUCAAUAAUUGCGUCGAAGCCUUGAGGGAUCGUCCGCCGGCAUAUACCAGUGCGCAGUUUACCUAUGCUCAGGUCCGUUGGCUCAAUGGACCAACACUGAGUGAUCAGCUCGGUGUGACGUCGGACAAGAUUGGCUUAUGGUACAGGGCUUUAUCAUUCGUGCAGUUCAUUGUCGUCAAACUCUGGAUCUAUACAAACAGAUCAGUCCCUUCAUGGGAUAUGCAAAAGGUAGCGAUUCUUCGAAGGAUAUUGUGGAAGGUUAUCGUGGAGGAUCAGACCAUUGGUUUGGGACAGCCUACCGCAUUUGAUUUCGUGCAUGUGCCGCAAUUUGGGAAGAUGACCGAGGCUGGAAAGGGUGAUGGAGAAGAGGAACUGAAGAAAAUCAAGAUGGAAGAAGCAUGGAAGCCCAAACGGAGCGUCGCGGUGCUGUGGUCGAUCAUUGUUAUGGGCGUGCUUUUGACCAUGUGGGUGGGAAAGGAUGAAGAUAUCGAAAUCUCAGUCAUUCACGCGGAUAACCCUAUAACGGUGCCGACUUGA